AUGGCGCAAGACUUGGCAUUGGAUUUGGAAGAGCUUCGCCACCUCCAUAGCAUCGCCAAACGACCUCGAACCCUCUCUCUACUUUCCUCAGAGAUUCGCAGCCUCGAAAAGGUAUCGUCAGAGGCACCUGCUGCGCGCUCUUCGCAGAUUCCUGCACCGAUUUCAACCGGAGCCAAGGUGGCGCCUUCACCUGCACUGAACUACGCCACACUCGCAUCGUUCAGUUGGGAUCAGGAUGGCGACAAAGUCAAGAUAUAUGUAUCAAUGGAGGGAAUUGAUGAGGAAAAGAUUGAAUCUGACUUUAAGUCAAUGUCAUUCGAUGUAAAGUUCCAUGAUGUUCAAGGGAAGAACUACCGAUGCGCAAUAUCGAAACUGCAUAAGGAGAUAGUACCGGAGAAAUGCAAGGUUGUGGUCAAGCCUAAGAGGGCAAUCAUCACAUUGGUGAAGGCUUCCAAAGGAAACUGGCUAGAUCUGCACUUCAAAGAUGACAAGCUAAAGCCAAAUUUGGAUAAAGAGAAAGAUCCGAUGGCAGGAAUCAUGGACAUGAUGAAGAAUAUGUAUGAGGAAGGGGAUGAUGAGAUGAAGAAAACAAUUGCAAAAGCAUGGACUGAUGCUAGAUCUGGGAAAUCAGGUGACCCUCUAGGUAGCUAUCGUUGA